UUAGAGUCCGUGCUCUUGCGACGGUAGAUUGUAACAAUUUUCGGCUCAGAAAAAUAAUGAGUCACAAAAGUAUGUUAAGGUAGCUAACAUUAAGUAUUUGAAAACUAUAAAGACUUCUACAGAAAGGACUAAUUUCCUUUAUCUUUCGUGAGGCAAGGAGCUGAGCCACCAUCAUGCCCUUGGUGAUGCGCAACAUCGAGCCGCGGCACCUGUGUCGCCAGACAUUGCCCAUGGCUGUGAAGAGCGAGCUAGAGUGCGUGACCAACAUCACGCUGGCCAACAUCAUCCGCCAGCUCGGCUCCCUCAGCAAGUUUGCGGAGGAUGUGUUCGGCGAGCUGUUUGUCCAGGCAAGCAUGUUUGCAGAUAGGGUGAACACCCUUGGUGAGAGAGUGGACAAGCUGCAGGUCAAAGUCACACAGCUGGAUCCUAAAGAGGAAGAGGUGUCUCUGCAGGCAAUCACCACUCGCAAAGCUUUCCGCUCUAAUCUGAUUCAGGACCAGCAGCUCUUCGCCCGGCCAUCUCUGCCCCAGCCUGUUCAGGAGACUUACAUAACCUGCAACCAGCCACCUCCACUUAACAUCCUCAGCAUUUAUAGGGAGGAUGGGAAGGAGGCGCUUAAAUUCUAUACUGAUCCAUCCUAUUUCUUCGACCUGUGGAAAGAGCAGAUGCUACAAGAUACCAAAGACAUCAUGAAGGAAAAACGGAAACAUAGGAAAGAGAAACGAGAAAACCCGAACCGAAGCAACCUGAAUCCCCGCAAGAUCAAAACCCGUAAAGAGGAAUGGGAACGGCUCAAAAUGGGUGAAGAAUUUGUUGUACCUAAAACUGAUGCUGGUAAUUCUAUUGACUUUAAUGGUAGCAUUGGCUCCGGUGAGGACAUGGGUAUGUUUGAUUCUGAGGGAUUUUACGACCAAAGUACUUCCUCUCGCAAUUUUGAUCCUGGCUCCCCUUUGCCACCUCCACUGUCUGAUGAUGAUGGUUUCCUGCCACCUCCGCCACUAGACGUGGCGUAUAAUGAGGGACUGCCUGGAACUUCAACCCAGAAGCGAAGUAGCCUCUUAAGUCCCACUCACCCUCCCCCAGCUCCCCCUGUGAUGGUGUCCUCUCCUACUGGCCGCCCCAUGGUGGCCCCUCCUAUAGCACCACCUCCUCCCCCACCUGUUAGCAUUAUAAUCCCGCCCCCACCUGUUACAGGAUUCGAUACUCCUCCCUCUCCUCCUGCUUGCAUUAAUUCCUCCUCUGUCCCUCCUCCACCCCCUAUAGCUCCCUAUAUUCCAUCUCCACCCCCUCAACCUAUUCGGGAUGGACCCCCACCUCCACCCCCACCCCCUCCUCCCCCAGGCCCGCCUCCUCCAUGCUUUCCUUCUGUUGCUCCAGCUCCCCCACCCCCAGGUCCCCCUCCUACCUCUCCUGCUCCCAAAGCCCAGCCUGCCCCUGCCAGCGAUGCCCGCAGUGAUCUCCUAGCAGCUAUUCGCCAAGGAUUUAAUCUGCGUAAAGUGGAGGAGCAGAGAGAGCAAGAGAAGAGGGACGUCGUGGGCAAUGAUGUGGCAGCUAUCUUGUCCCGCCGUAUUGCUGUGGAGUGUAGCGAUUCCGAGGAUGAUUCUUCAGAGUUUGAUGAUGAGGAGUGGUCUGAAUAAGUCUACAUCUCAUAGCAAAGAUUAUUCAACUUCCACUUCUCAAAUAACUUAUCUUUUAAUGCAUCUAACUGCAGUGUAUGGUAAAGAGGGCAUGUGCGCAUGUGCCCAUGCGUGUGUGCGCGCGCGGUCUGUUCUGACUGAGAGUGAAUUAUUUAGAUGAUUAGCCUGCUCCUAUUUCUGAGGGCCUGUUCUUCUGCAGCUAAAGAUGGGUACAUUUUAGAGGUAAAGAGGAUCAAAGUGUUUAUUCUUGUUGCAUGUCAGUAUAUCUGCAGAAGCUUGAUAUUAAUCACCCAAAUCUUUGGUAUUUUUCCUACACCCAGACGAGUAAGAGACACAUUAUGUAAUUUAGAUACUCAAAACUAAUAGACUAUUGAAGUUUGUAAUUUAGAUUAGAUUACUUUCUGUUAUUGGCCCUUAGAGCACUCAUUCCCAGAGUUAAAGCAUGAGCAUUCUCUUAAUCCAGUUUUUGUGUGUUCAUGGCCUGUGGCCUUGACAGCUGAUAUCUCUAUCCAUGUUUGUGGAAUGCAUCUUUUCUCUGACCUCAGUGCCACUUGUGGCGUUAUGUCAUUCCAUGUGGUGGUAUUUCCUCUUUUUUUCAUUUUGCUGAUUGGCUUGGGUUCCAAUGUCUGACUGGAUGUGCUUAUUUUAUGAGCUGCGACAAAUGGCAACACGUAUUUUAGCUCAGUUGCAUGUGGUCCAUGGAAGAAUUUAACCUGUUAUUUUACAUUACCUGUCCUCCCCAUGUGUCCAGUGUGCAGUCCCAUUAAUGCCUUUGCCAGUCACCUGGUCUUUCCUUUUGAUUUUGUAUUCCAAAGUGCCUAUUAUUUUAAAGCCAAAGUUUUACUGAAAAUUAUGCAAAGUUUUGAAAUCAGAAAACAAUUUAUUUGGUAUUUUUGAUUUGUAAUUGUAAACAUUUUCUAUCAGUGCUUUUAAUGAAAAUAAAGAUCUUAAUUUCGAAUAUGG